AUGUCGUCAACCAGGCCGCCACAAUCCGCCACGAGCAUCGACGACGACGUCGAAAUCACCGUGGGGGAUGUCAGAUACCUCUUGAUCCCGAACAGUGAGGUUAAUUUUCUCCAUGGCGCCAGUUUCGGGGGCGACGCUGUUGCCUUGGUGCUUGUGUAUGUUGUUGCUGCGGGCCACAAGAUCUCCAUGUCCGCUCUGCGCGACUUCCGUGCCAACAUACUGGAGCGUGACGACGUGUUUCGACCCGACUUCUAUCACAAUCUUGUCUUCUAUGGAAGCAAGAAGGAGGAUGUCCACAUCGACCCCGACGCCCUAGACGAGCUGGCCGUGUGGAAUGUGAAGACCCAGACGUUCGUCGCGGGUAAUCCGGGAGCCAAAGUUGCUCCUGGUCCAUAUGCAUUCCUGAGAGGGAAGACCUGGCAGCCAUGGAGGAUCUACUACGACUUCAAUGCAUGCUUCAUGACCUCAUUCAAGCCUUCUCCCCGAGCCGGCAUCGACGGGAGGGUCGUUGUACCAUCUCGGUGCUACUUUAAACCAUCCAAGUUGCGUCCUCUUGACGGUGCUAGGAUCAGUGUCAAAGACAGCAUUGACAUCGCAGGACACAAGACCACUCUCUGCAACCGAUCAUGGAUCGAGCUUUACCCGCCCAAGGCCGAGCAUGCAGCCUGCAUUCAAGUCCUCCUGGACGCUGGCGCUGUGAUCGUGGGCAAAGUAAAGCUGCAGGCAAUGAUCAUGCGAGAGGAGCCUCUGGAAUGCGUCGAGUUCACCGCUCCUUUCAAUCCUCGUGCUGAUGGAUAUCAAAAUCCCUCUGGAAGCAGUCAUGCGAGUGCAGCGGGCAUUGGUUCAUAUGACUGGCUUGACUUCUCAGUCGGGUCUGAUACGAACGGCAGUGGUCGCAAGCCUGCUUCCUAUAAUGGAUGCUUCUCAAUUCGUCCCUCUACAGGCAUCAUGGACAGGCAGGGUGUCGUAGGCUAUUUCCCGCAGUUUGACAUGCCAGUCUUCUACGGUAGAGAUAUCUCCAGAUUCUCCGAAUUCAUAUCUGUGUGGUAUGGAGACUCACCAACGCUUCGUGCUCCCUCGGAGAUGCCGGUCGAAAUCCUAUAUCCCUCGGACUAUCUUCCAACUUCGAACGCCGCGCAGACUCGCUUGAUUGACAAACUAGUCUCAGGCAUGGAGUCUGCCCUGCAGGUCAAGAGAACACAUAUAUCUCUGGCCGAGCUGUGGAAAAGGGAUUGUCCUGAUGGCACGGAGCAUCGCAAUAUCGCAGACUACCUUGAUACGGCCGGUAUCUAUCCUUUCUAUCAUGAUCAAUACCACAACCUCGCUCCGUUCAGAGAAGAAUAUGCAAAGAAGUAUGGGAAACCCCCAUUCGUCCACAGAGCUUUGCAUUGGCAAUGGGACGUCGGCAAGUCGAUUUCGCAGGAGGAACGCGACGAAUGCUGGCGCCGUUCCGAGGUCUAUCGGCACUGGCUUCUUGGGAAGGUCUUCAAAGCGGACUCGAAAGAUUCCAUCACCAUUAUGGUCCUUCCCAUUGAAGCUGGAGAGCCGAACUACCGCGACGCUGAGCUCCCGCCGUAUGGGUUGCUGAGUGGCUAUGCUGCGUUGAAUAUGUCCCCGAUGAUGCGAGCACCCGAGGUCACCGCACCAGUUGGUGAUAUUCCAUACAACUCCAUAGUCACCCAGAGGGAAGAGCUCCCAAUCGCAGCCUCAGUCAUCGGAGCCCCAGGCAUGGACCUCAUCCUCGUGGAUCUGGUAGAGAAGGGUAUGAAUGCUGUAGGGGUGCCGACAAAGGUCAAAACUGGGCGGUCAAUGUAUUGAGAGGUUACACGACGCAGUCUAGCUUCCUCCCGUAGAGUUCUACAAAGCCUCUUUGGCGCCACCAAGCGGACUAUCGCAUCCCACUAUAAAGAAAUGCGCACACAAACC